CUCACGUCGACAUCUUGUUCAACCAGUUGCAGAAGAGAAAAACCGAGCCAGCGCAAGUUAAAAUGGCUAUCGAUAAUUUUGAAAAAUUUAUUAUCGAUGUGAGAAAUAAAAUUGAUGACAUAAUAAAUGAAGCCAAAAGUAUUAACACUGAACCCCAAGGCAACAAAAGGAGACGACGUAAUAAUAACAGUCACGAUCACCAAGUUGCUUCAUUAGAAGUAUGCGACAAUAUAGUGAAUUUUGCAAAUGACAGAUUUCAAUUCAAAGAUCAUUUGGUAGCCGCAUCCCUUUUUUUCCCGAACACUUUGGAGAAUACUGUGGUAAGUUUCCUGAUGACAAGUUGGAAACUACCUGCUUGGCUUAUCCCGAAUUAGAAAAAUGUCGUUUAAAGAGAGAGUUGUAUGUUAUUCAUGCACGGAAUGAUUGCCGAUAUUUAUAUGGAACUCUUCUCUUUUGAAAUUUUUUAUACAAAAUAGUUUGUAGGAAACACUAAAAGAAACAAAAAAACUAUUAGAAAUUAUUGUUACAACUCCUAUGUCAACAUCAGAGAGAUCGCCUUACAGCGUUAUCGAUGCUGUUUAUUGAAAAGGAAUUUAUUUGGACCAUGGAAAAUUUUAACGGGAAGGUGAUCGACAAAUUUGCUGCCAAGAAGGAGCGCAGGAUCGACCUGAC